CAGCUCACUGCCCAAACAGAAGAAACCUCGCACGGGGUUUAAGAGCAGAGGUAGGAAAAAUAGAAGUUCAAACCUUUUCCCCUUUCCGCCGGCGACUCCAAUCAUGGAGACGAUGAGGCUCCGAUUAACAUUCGACAAAGCUCUAUCAGACUCCCUUGAGAAGACAGAUGGAUUGAAACGUUUCUGGGUUCUCCUAAAACCUCAGCACAAAACCAUCUCCGAUCUCUCUCAUUACCUUCUCGACGCUUUCGACCUCCACAAUGCAUGCCCCGACGGCCUUCUCCUCUCGAUGGAAGGGUUCUUUCUACCGCCAUUCGAGUCUACUAGUGUGUUGAAGGACAGAGAUAUUGUCAGGGUUAAGAGGAAAAGUGGCGAGAUUAUUAAGUUGGCUCAUAAUGGGCAAGAAAGGGCUGAUUUGGGAAUGUUGGAAUUUGUGGGUCAUCGGCCUUUAGCUGUUGCUGUAGCUCCAAUGAAGCUUCUGGCGAAUGAAGAAUUUGAGAAGGAAACUGGUGGCUAUGAGAGUGAUGAACCAGAAGAGGAGGACGAAGCUGAGCUGGAGGAUAUAUUGCAUGUGGAGGAAAAAACCCCAGAAAUGAAGAAGGUUUCGAAGAAGAGGAAGGCCUCCGAGGAACCCGGGAGCUCGAAGAAGAAGAAGAGGAAGAAGAAAUCUUCUAGUACUGAGAAAUGUGGAGAUGUUAUUGAUGAUUCUGAAAACAAUAUCGAUGCUCGAAAGGACACAAAAUCCUAUGUUGCUGCUGAUAAGAAGAAGGUUAAGAAAGAUCGUAAGGCGAGUGAUGGCACUCCAAAUGCCAAGAAAUCAAGUGAGCCUAAAGGUUGCUGUUCUGAUCAUGUCGAUGCCUCGUGUCCACCUUCUGAAACUAAAAAGCUCCCAAGUAGAAGUGCUCGACGUAAGAAGGCCAAGAGACAAUGGUUGAGGGAGAUAAGAAGAGCUGAAAAGAAAGAAGAAGAGGAGAAGCAAUUGUCUUCAAAACCUAACCAGAAAGCUAGUCAAAAGAAGAAGCACAAAGCAAUUGAGGAACCAGCUGACAAACAAAAGCACUCUUUGGUGGAAGAACUUCCUAACAAGGGUGAUAGCACAAAUGUUCAAGCGGAAAAUCAACAAUCAGGUCAAGUUGGUGAUAAAGAUGAUGAGGUUGUACCAGUAGUGAUAAGACCAGGACAUAUUCGUUUUGAGCCACUGCAGAAAGGUAGUGCUGAUCAGUCUGUCCAACAAAAUCAAACUCUGCUAGUAGGUUCCUUUCUGGACAUUGUCAUUUCUGUAGAAACCUCUCAGUGGAAUGGGAUGAGCAAAAAGAAAGGUCAAAAAUGGGGUUCACAGAAAAGUACGUCAUGGCAAUGGAAUGAUAAUGGAAAAUCCAGUCAUAAACCUUCUGAAACAUGGAAGGAUAACACAAAUUCCAGCCACAAACCUUCCGAAACAUGGAAUCACGAUGCCAAUUCCAGCCACAAACCUUCUGAAACACGACCAGUCGAAAAAGAACCAGCUCCCUUUUACAAUCAGAUCGACUUUGAUAAGCUUUCAGCUUAUGCACACUCGCCCAAGGAAGGGGACAUUAUUGCUUAUCGGCUCAUUCAGCUAUCGUCAUCCUGGACUCCAGAGCUUUCAACAUACUUGGUAGGGAGGAUAUCGAAGUUCAACCCUCAAACCAACAAGAUCAAGCUGGUCCCAGUUCCGAAUUAUCCUUUGAUCCCUGAUAACAAAUUACAGGAUGAAGAAUCCGAGGUGCUUCCAGAAACUUGUUCUUUGCAAGAAGAUGGAUCUCUAGUGAUGGAUUUUACUUCAAUUCUGGAAGUCCGCGCUGUGAACCCUAGCAGCACUGACUCAGCAAAGGCCACUCUUGUCAAUGAGGCCUCUCCAAAUAAAGUUCAAUGUACACCAGAAAAUGGCACGAAAAAUCAUACUUCUAGUCAAGAACAAAGAGAAGCAACGAAGAAUCCGUGGGAUGAGAUCAGCCAAGCCUUGAGUGCAAAGAAAGCAGAAUUGUCACAGGAGGAUAAUAACUGGACAGUAACAGAGAGCUCGGGCAGAAACCAAUGGAGUUUCAAGGCGUUGAGAGGCAGUGCUCUAGGUCCGACUAUGGCUCUAUUAAGAUCUCAGAAUGGAAUAUGAAGCAAUAUAGUUUGUCUGCGAAAUGGGAAAUGGACAAGAACUCAUCUUUUGUAAAGCCCCUACCUAAAGCCAACUUAGAUCUGCUCCAAAAUUUUGUUGCUGUUUUGUGCCGUUCAUGGCAAAGGUCACAUCUAUAGCUUGACAUAGCACUGUAAAAGUUAAGGAACAAGGGGGAAAUCGAAAAUCUUCUCUUGAUUUACUUUUAUUAGGUCGAAGUGUUUAUUACUCCUGCUAUGAUUCCAAGACCUGAACAACAAACUUGUAUUUCCCCUUUUCUGUACAUAGUUUCUUUCAAGGGAAAAAAAAGCUCUCUACAUUACAUAACCCGAGCAGGAAAAAAGGAUCAAUUCUGAACACAUUCUGGGUUGCCACCAAACUUCUUGGACUCCCAUUUCUUGCAAUUACUCUCAACAUUCUAACCGACUCAGUGCACAUGCUGAGAAGAAGCUCCAUAACCUGAAGAUGAACAUUAUCCAUGGCAAUGACAAAGCUAGAUCACAACUGGGUUAAUAUCAACUCUGCCAUCUUCCUCUCUAUCAGAAAUGUCACGUUCCGUGCCAUUGGUCAUAUCAACAUCAACCAUUUCAUCAUUCUCCCCAUGACCAUCCUUCAUCACAUCAUCAUCCAAUUCGGGCUGCUGCAGAAUUUUCCCACAACUUACUAUGCGUAGCGGAGGGUUACUCCCUCCUCGCUCUGCUAUAGAUGGUGAAGUAUCUUCCUUGUACGAGUCGUGACUCUUUUCAAGAUCAACAGGAAACACCUUUGUAGGCGAGUUAAGAACUUCUAAACCAGAAGGUGAAGGCUGCUGGGAUGAUAAGUCAGACCAGUUGGAAGAUGAGGGCGAAAAGGUUAACGAACUUGACGAAUAAUCAGAUGCCGAAGGUGAUGUUGUAGCAGGAGACUUGUAGCCGAGUUUCUGUGCUGCGUCCGGAGAGCAAGAGAAAUAAGAAUCAGAUGAAGCACAAGGAGACGGUGAAGACAAUGUGUCCUUACAUGGGAUCUCUUUUUCCUCCACAUCUUCUUCACCUUCAUGCAUUACUGAAUCUUCAUCUAUUUUGGAUGGACUGAGGAACUCCUUUAUGAUACCACUAGCAAACUUCGUUCUAAGCCUCCCCCACCCAUUCUCUCUUGCAGGAAGGUGGGUCUCGACUUCAGCAUUUGAUACAGAACAAUGUGGCACCACUCCCCCAUGAAUCGCCUUAUGAAAGACCUCAAAUUCUGAAUCAUACUCAUCAACUUUCCUUUCAUCACCACCACUACUACUGCAACUGCCAGCACCAUCAUCAGUAGUCCCAAGAGCAUCCCAAAACCCCUUCCCUUCUUCCCCUUCAUGAACACAAACAAAUGGACCUUUCGCCCUUUCGUAUCUAAUCAUCUGGUUUGCAGCUACCCUGGCAAGAUUCCACAUCACACUGCUACAUUUCUUCCCUAUCCAAACAAAUAUGGUACUAGGAACAUGGACAAUGAAAGCUCCACGAGAGUCUAGUCCUUUCAAACCUGGAUUGCUCAGCAUCUUGGGGACAAGGUGGAGAGGAUCAUAAGGUGAAUGAGGAGCCAUUCGAUACAUACGAAGGACCGAAUUAGGGCUAGCCGGAACAGCAUGAACACGCUUCUGGCACUGAAGAAGCUGGCAAGCGAAACCCAUGUUGGGAUUAGUAACACCUCGAGCUGCUUUGACAUACUGAAAAGCAUCCUCAAAGCUCUGGCUUUCUCUCCACAUGAGGUAAGCUAUGACCAGAGAGGUGGAUCUCGAGACACCCUGGCAACAAUGGACCAAAACUUUCCCACUUUCCUCCCUCACAUCUUCAAAGUAAUCGAACACGUCGUAGAGAAUACUGGUGAUGUCUUCGGAAGGGGAAUCCUUCAGCCAGAGGGUUUUAUAAACGAGGUCAUUUUUGAAGUACUCAGGGCAGACGAAUCCUACACAGUUGAGAACGUGGGUGAUUCCGUUCUGCCGGAGAACCUCCCGGUUCUUGGCGACUGCGUCGCUUCCGAGGUAAAUGUGAUCGGCGAUUCUGGAGCAUUCUUUGUCGAAGAAGGCCAAUUUUUCUCUCUUGAACUGGAAUUCUCUGUGAGGCUGGUGAGGAUUGGUGUUGUUAGACGCCGGCUGAGGAGUCAAUGGGAAGCCGCCGCCGGCGGUUCUGGGAGUUUGCGGGUUAGGCCAGAUUCCCAAAUCGUCGGACCCGGCCCCAGGCCAUUCCUCCGCAGGAGCUCUGGUUAUGGAUAAAGGCUGCAGCGGCGGGAGACAUGACCUCGCCUUGCUGUGAUUCGAGGGCUGACGAGGUCUAGGGUUGUUGAUCGGCCUGCGCGGCGAAUUGUCGCUCCAGGAAACAGACCGGAGAUAGUUUUUCCGGGCGGCGGCAGGAGGGAGUGGGUUAUUAGUUUCCUCCUGGCCUAACAUUUCAGAGAAACGGGAUAAAAGAGAGAAAAGAAAAGGAAUUUGGGUGGUGGGUUAACAAUGGAAUUCUAUGGAAAGGGAAUGGAACCCAUGAAAGGAUACUUGUAUGAAAGGGGAAGAAGUCGGCAUUCUUGUUAACACUGACAAAAAACACAGUCAAUAAUGAAAACUCCUAAUACCUCCUUUUCCUUUUUAUCUUUCACCUAAACCCUCUCACUGGACUUGCAACGAACGACAAACCCAAACAUUAACGCUCUGUUUCUCUCUCUAUCUGGCACUAAGUUUCGUUUUCUCGGUCUAAAAGGGGAAAGGGAGUGGAAGAUUCAAAGCGACCUGGUAAGAGCUGGAAAUGGCGGAGUUAUAGCAAGAUUCAAAAGGAAAGAGGCCCAAAAAGGGAAUAAUAUUAAGAAAACAGGGGCGAGAGGAAGGGGAAGAAGACGAUGAAAGGGGCGCGGAGCGAGUUGUGAUCGACUCGGUGGGUCAAGUGGCAAAAAGAUUGGAUUGGUUGAAUUUUCCCAGAAGAGAAAAGAGACAAGAUUAUGGGACGGAGGGAGGGAUGAAAGGGAAAGAAGAAGAAUUGGUCAAACUGCCACGUC